AUGUCCAUGUUCUUCGGCGCAAAACCCCAAAUCUCCUCGGAGCAAAAGAUUGCGCAGGCAGAGGCGGAAAUCGAUAUGGUUUCUGACAUGUACAGUCGUCUUGUCAAAUCCUGCACGGCCAAAUGCAUAGACACGUCGUACCGCGAGGCGGAUCUCAACAAGGGCGAGUCGGUGUGCUUGGAUCGCUGCGUGUCCAAGUUUUUCGAGGUCAAUGUCAAGGUUAGCGAGAAGAUGCAGGGAGAGGCGCAGGGGAAGCAGGGUGGUGGGAUG